AUGCCGCAAGAAAAGAUAGACAAGCCUGCCAAUGCUUCUUCAGAAACCCAGCCUGCUUCCGAACCUGAACCUACUUCUGAACCUCAACCUUCAAUCUCUUUGAAGUUCACCAACGACUCUCUUCCCAACCCCACUGAAUGGGAACAUAUCGUACUAUCUUUCAGACCGAAGAAGCUGGAGACGAUUAUGAAGAGUGUGGGGAAGUCACACUCCGAGGAGACUCGUUCCCAGACCUGGUCCGUCUUGGGUGACGCGCUCUCCAACUCUCUGCUUUCCGCUCCAGCUGGCGUAUACAUGCAAAUGACUGCCGCGCUUUUUGGAAAGGACUACUUUCUUUUCACCCGCCGAGGGAACAAGCGGGCUGACGGGACAGGAGGAAUCCUCGAGGUCAGGAUCAAGCAGAAACGUGAGGGCGGCGAGUGGGAGGCUCGCUGGAAGGAGGCACGCCCGCAAGUAACUAAUUACGUGAAGAACUUAUUGGCUCGUAGUUCCCGGUUGCGUGAAGAGAAGAAGAGGCGGUCGGAACUGAUGCGCAAGGAGGAGAAACCAGAGGACGAGGAGGGAAAGCCGGACGGGCCAUGCGGCUCUUGA